CGCAAUUAGAAAUGUCAAAUGUCAAGUGCUAAACUGUCAGUAAUCAACAAAAACCAAAUUUUUUUUAAUUAACAAAGUGAUGAAUAUAGCAGAAAACGGUGACUAAUGUAAAAAGAAAUAGUAAUAUAUAAGAACAUUUUGUUAUUGUUCGAAAUGAUAGAUAUUUAAUGUUAUCGGGAAGAGCUAAUAGAGUACAACGAAAUAAUGCACUUCUCAAUACCUUAUACCGUUGAAGAAUCAACUGGUACCAACUCCUACACAGGUUACAACAUUUAUAUUAAUGGCAGUUAUCACUGUUGUUUGAGAUAUAAACAAAUGCAUGCAUUCCACGAACAGUUACGACGGCGUUGUUCGGAGUUAAAUAUACAAUUGCCAGCAUUUCCGCCUAAACGUUUAUUACCUUUAACUAAUGGACAACUUGAAACAAGACGCGCUGCACUUGAACAUUAUUUGCAGUUAAUUGGACAAGAUGUACGGGUAUCGAAGCUUGAUAUAUUUCAAAAUUUUCUUCUUAAUGCUCAACAGGAAACGGCUGCAGCAGAAAGUAUACUGGAGGACUUUGGGGACGUAACACAAGAAACAACACAGGAAGUUAUACUCAUGAACGGUUAUCAGUUGCAGGUCAACUGUCAUAUAGGUGACAAUUCCGGCAUAUUAUUGGAAAAAGUAUGCCAAAGUAUACAUUUGCCAUUGCAUUUAGUACCGUAUUUCUGUUUGUUUUUGAUGCGCAAAGAUGCGAAGGAUACUGUGGUGCUAUUACGUAGACUUAUGGAUUUUGAAUCGCCCUUUUUAUCACGUUUACAGGCAAAACCUUGCCAAAUUCUUUUACGCAAAAGCUAUUGGAAUCCAAUAUAUGAUAUGAAUUUAUUACAGGAUUCGGUUGCCUUGAAUUUACUAUUUAUACAAACAGUAAGUGAUGUGGAUCGCGAAUGGAUUAUAGCAGUUCCAGAAAUACGGCAAAAGCUACGCAAUUUACAGGAACAUGGUUUCAAAAAAGAAUAUCUAGAAAUGGCCAGGCAGCUACCGCUUUAUGGUUGUUUACAAUUUUCGGCAGCAAUGAUUGACUAUCCCGAUCCACAAACUUCUGCAUUAAUUUCUAUUGGCAACAAAGAAUUGAGUAUGCGCACAGUCAGAGGUGCUAAAAUUUAUGAAACAAAAUUUCGUGUUACACGUAUGCGCUGUUGGCGUGUCACUGCCAUGCAUAAUUCACUCGAAUCAAAAGACAAUCCUUCAAGCUUACAACUUUCCUUCGAAUAUUUAAUGUCUAAACAAACUCUACGCUGGAUAACAAUCACUAGUGCUCAAACAAUGUUGAUGUCCGUGUGCUUACAAUCGAUGGUGGACGAAUUACUAAAUUUUAAGGACUCGAAUCAAUUGGACACCAAAUCAAACAAUUCUACCAACUACACAAACUCUCCACCGCCUUCUUAUGAUUCACGCAACGCUCGUAUAUCACAAUCGUCCUAUUCUCUGUCUAAUGAACAAUCAUCGAACACAUCCACAUCAUCUUCGACCUCGUCACCAACGGCUCCGGUCAAAUUUAUUGCCACACAGCGUCGCACAAAACACAAUCCCAAAAUAUCCACUGCCCAUUCAUACUCUGCAGUCUUCUUUAGAAAUGCUGAGGAGUCUGUGCAUAAUGAAGCAUUUGAAGGUAUUGGCGAUGAUGAUCUCUAAUUCAGCUGACUGAUCACAAAGGUUGACAUUAAUUUUUUUUUGUAUUUUUAAUAUCUGUUCAAUUUAUAAAAGAGUUGUUGUGUUUGUA